UUCAUCGAAAGUUCUCGCGCUCUUGCUGCUACUGCUGCAGCAGCAGCAGCAGCAGCAGAGUCACUGCAGCAGCAGCAGCGGUUCUCAGCUGCUGCAUCUUGUGAAGGAGGCGCGGGCGCUGCUGCAACGUCUUUCCCUUAAUGCAGCGAACGGCAGCAGCACUAGCAGCAGCAGCAGCAAUAGCAGCAGCAGCAGCAGCAGUAGCAGCAUUCGUGAGAGCACACUCCAUUUUGCAGCACCAACAGCUGAAGCAGCAGCUGCUGCAGCAGCAGCUGCUGCUGCUCCGGAUGGCGAGAGACGUGGACACCGCACAAGUGCCCAAUCAAGUGAGCAGCAGCAGCAGCAGCAGCAGCAACUUUUGCUGCUGCUGCUGCAGCAGGACGCUGCAGCAGCAGCUAUACGCGAUCUCAUGGAAGGCCUGGAAAAGCAGCAGAGACAGCAGCAGAAGCAGCAGCAAGAGCUGCAGCAGCAGCAGCAGCAGCAAGAGCAGCUGCAGCAGCGCUUAGCUGAGCAGCAAGUGACUGCGCGCUGCCAAGAGAGGCUUUUGAAGCAACAGGAGGAGCGGCUUCGCAGGCAGCAGCAAGACAUCGCGGCGCAGCAGCGCCUGCUUCUGCAGCAGCAGCAGCAGCUAGAUCAGCGGGAACGGAGGGAGAAGGCCCUUGCUCUUGAGCUCGAGAAGCUAAAGCGGCAGCAGAAGCAAAAGGAGGGCUCUUGGGCACAAAGAGUGGAGACGCUGCAGCAAGAGCUGCGCCAGGCAGCAGCAGCAGCAGCAGCAGCACGACGAGCAGCAGCAGCUGCUGAGAGGGAAAACCUUCGCCUCAGAGACGCAAUCGGCGGCACCGCAAGAAGGGCUGCUGCUGCUGCUGCAGCAAAGAGCAGCAGCAGCAGUUGCCUCCCCGCUGCUGCCGCGCUGCGUCUUCCGCGCCGUUUCGGCUGCAGCAAAACGCAGCAGCAGCAGCAGCAAGUGCAGCAGCAGCAGCAGCAAGUGCAGCAGCAGCAGCCGGCAUGUAGCGGCUGCCCCUUAGCAAGCCUAGGUAUCAUCUUGGGGGGCCCCCAACAGCAAACCUAA